AGUGAGACGUCUCACCUCACAACGUUGUCAAACUAUCUCUGCUUCGAUCCGUAAACAGCGUCGCGAGUUGCCCAACGUCGCUUUAAGCAUUGCUGUAGCCGAUACCCGGGAGCACCAGCCCUCGCCGUGAAGAGAAAAUGGAAGAAGACAUACUAACGACGCUGAAAAUAUUGAUAAUAGGAGAAAGUGGUGUUGGGAAGUCGAGCCUUCUCUUAAGGUUCACAGAUGACACAUUUGACCCUGAACAAACUGCAACAAUAGGUGUUGACUUCAAAGUGAAGACCAUUUCUGUGGAUGGCAACAAGGCAAAGUUAGCAAUCUGGGACACUGCAGGACAGGAGCGCUUCCGAACCCUGACACCUAGCUACUACCGUGGCGCCCAGGGAGUCAUCCUUGUGUAUGAUGUCACGAGACGAGAAACCUUCACCAAGCUUGACAACUGGCUCAACGAGCUGGAGACGUACUGUACAAGGAAUGACCUCGUCAAAAUGCUUGUGGGGAAUAAAAUUGAUAAGGAAAACCACGAGCUAGACAGAGCCGAAGGGCUGAAGUUUGCAAGAAAACAUUCCAUGCUUUUUAUAGAGGCGAGUGCGAAGACGAAAGACGGCGUUCAGUGCGCGUUCGAGGAGCUGGUGGAGAAGAUCAUCCAGACGCCCGGCCUGUGGCAGAGCGAGAGCCACGGCCGGGCGGUGCAGCUCAGCGACGAAGACGCGGGCACCGGAUCCUGCGGUGGCUACUGCUCCCUGGCCUAGACAACACAUACACAGAUCAAUCACACACACACAUGCACACAGACACUUGAAAGAUCACCCCCCCCUUUGCCCUCUGACAUGAAGGCAGUAGAGGUCCAAUUGUUUCCCCUCCACCGAGCUGAAAGCGUUGACCGUCCACACAGACAUUAACUUUUGCACACUUUCUAAUACAAAUACAGCUCAGACUUACUUCCUCUAAGAGAAUUUAAGCGUUUCUCUCUUUUUCUUUUUUAUUGAGCUACCGUUUGUGCAGUUCCAGGAGCUUGGUCAAGAUUUUAACCGUUCUCACUUGAUACUCAUAGGUUUUAGUUAUAGCAAUGCAGUUAAAAGGAGUCCAAAAGUAUAAGCCAAAAUCUGGCAUGACUAAAUCCCUGAAGGAUUAUGAGAAUGGAAAAUCUAAAUAUAUUUGUCCGAGGUUUCUUUUUGUCUCCAGCAUGCUUUUUCUCUUCCAAGCACCUUGCCUUAGGAAGCACAUCUGUAUCAGUGCAGAGCCGACUCCUCUCCUCCCCAGUGUCUGUCUAUCCUCUGCUCUGUCCUGUGCUCCUUGCCCCCCCUCCCCACAACCCCCAGCACGGCCUCCACAAAAAAUGAUGCUGCUUAUGGAGAAGCUUAUCAAGCCAAGCUGUCUUGUUUUCCGUCUCACCACUCUCAGUCAAAGGCUUGGAUCAUGUGUCUCUGUUGUCCACACAUCUGCCUCAUUUCUUUCCAAGUGUUUGGAAUGGCGUUUUAUUUCUUUUUACUGACUUGGACUUAAAAACCUUUGCUGUGUUUUUGAAGAGCACAUAAAUCAAAGAGGCUGGCACCAUACAAGCUUUCCACUGGGUGCCGAAGAAGAGGGGAACCUCUUAAAAUUGCACGCCUUUUUUGUAAUGAGUUGCUUUUAAUGGAGUGCGACCUGCUGGCUCUCACUCACUCAGACAGAUAAUAGCAGUAAUAUCACUAGCACCACUGCUACAGUCUCUCGUACAGAUCCCCUUUGACUGGACAGAGACAAAGGAAAAGUGUUCAAUAUUAAACAGGGCGGUGAGUCAUAAGGGUGUUUCCACUGAAUUUGGAAAAAUCAAAGAAAAGGCUGUGUGCUCCACGUUGUUAAUGGGUUUCACAGAGCUCCCAUCUCUGUUAGUAUCUGAGAAACCGUUAUAAAUGUACUGUACCCCUGACUUCUGACCAUGUUUGUAGUAUUCGAGUGCUGGUACGCGUAAUGGUAACGGUAAUUCGGAGGGUUUGAUCUCGUUAGCGGGAGGCGCUCGAGGUGACAUGGAUUGAAGCAUUUCUUAUCACAUGAUUUUUUUUUUUUUAAAAAACCUAUUUUUAAUUGCAUGGGAAAUUUGCGUGCCAUUCUUUUUGUGUUUGUCUGUCCAGUGAAUGAUUUUCAGAGGCAAUUUACUAUAAACACUAACUUAUAUUUAGCUGAAAACAGUAAUAUCUUGCAUACAAGUUUACCAUUUGAAGUUAAUGGUAUGAUAAAACAAAACAAAGUAGGCUUUUACUUGUUAUUAAAAUAAAAAAAUUAAAAAAACGUGUCUUUUUUUGUGCAAAGAAAUACGUUAAAACAUGCGUACCUGUAAAUUGUAUUUUAAGAAUUUGUUGGGAUACUUCCUGUAUGAAUUGUAAAGCUGAAUGUAUACAUAUUUCACUACAAACCGCCCUAUGUAUUAAACUAAAUAAAUUUUCUUUUUCUAAGCCA